AUGGCAGGUGUUCUUGUUGGAAAUGCCACUGAAUCCACUCCUGCAGCUACUGGAUCUACUCCUCUUGAUUCCAGUAGUCCUUUCUUUCUCCAUCCAUCAGAUUCACCUGGUAUGACACUAGUCAAUACCACCUUUGAUGGUCGUGGCUUUGCAGGCUGGAGGAGAGCCCUUCUUAUUGCACUCUCAGCUAAGAAUAAACUUGGUUUCAUAAAUGGGAGCUGCAAAUCACCAUCUGUUGAUUCUCCCUCUUUUCACUUUGGACUCGAUGCAAUGAUAUGGUCACUUCUUGAUCUUGAAGAUAGGUUUGGCCAAUCCAAUGGGGCCAAACUCUACCACCUGCAGAAGGAAAUCAGUGACUUAGUGCAAGGUAACAGUGAUAUAGCAGGUUAUUUUACAAAGAUAAAGCUAUUAUGGGAUGAACUUGAUGCAUUAUAUACCUCUGUGACCUGUGCUUGUGACUGUAAAUGUGGAGGAAAAACUAAAAUGUUGAAGUCUCACCAGGAUGAAAGGCUUAUUCAGUUCUUAAUGGGACUAAAUGACACCUAUGGACCUGUAAGGAGCAACAUACUCAUGAUCUCUCCUCUCCCCAAUGUCAAUCUUGCUUACUCUCUCUUGAUUCAAGAUGAGAAGCAAAGGGAAUUCUAUGUCAACUCUAAGUUUCCUGGAGAUUCAUCCUCUUACUUGGCAGUCAUUCUAUUGAUAAGUGCUACAGAACAAUUGGGUUUCUACGCCGAUUUUAAAUUCACAAAGAAUCAGAAAUUCCAAGUAGGAAUUAAAAGCAAUGCUGUGCUAGGAACCCCUAAUGCACAACACACUGUGUUUCUUGAGGGAGAAGAAAACCCUUUUACUCAAGAGCAAAUCAGUCAGCUGCUUCAAAUUCUUAAACAUACUAAAGUUGGCAAUCCAGGGGUAAAUGCUAGUAUGGUUGAGUGUACUGGAAACCCCUUCACACCAGAUCAGAUUUCUAAGUUGUUCCAGCUUCUUCAGCUGAGUAGCCUGAGGGUUUCAAGUUCAGAUGUGAAUGCUAAUAUGGUUCACUGUGCUGGUAAUAUUUUCAAUAACCCUGUUGCUUAUUUUACAUAUAUGAACACUGAUUCUUGGAUCAUUGACUCUGGUGCAUCUGAGCACAUGUCAUAUGAUGCCAAAUUUUUCUCUAGCCUUAAACCUUUGCCUUCUCCCCUUUUUAUCAAUCUUCCUAAUUCUUUUAGGGUCAAGGACCUUUUAGUGAAGAUCCCUCGUGUUCUUGGUCAAGCUAGAAAUGGCAUCUAUGUUCUCCAACCUGUUUCUCAGCUUCCAAGUUCUUCUAAGAAUAGCUUAGGAUUACUUUCCAGUUUUUCAAUUCCUGCAUGUAAUAAUUUCAGUAGCUCUGUUUCUUUAAAUUCCAACUCCAAUGUAAUGAUGUGGCACAUUAGAUUGGGACAUUUACCCAUUUCUGCAAUGAAAAGCAUGAGUUUCAUUUCAUCAUCUUCUACUUUGAUUGUCCUUGUGAUAUCCAAAUUUUCCCCUAGAGCUAGAACUUGCAUUUUCAUUGGGUACCCCCAGGGUCAGAAGGGAUACAAACUUCUGGAACUCUCCACUAGAAAGAUUUUUAUCUCUAGAGAUGUCCAUUUUCAUGAGUCUGUGUUUCCCUUCUCAUCUCGAUCUGUUUCUAAUCCUAUUUAUUCCUCUUACCCUCCUAGCCCUGCUUGUUUUGAUCCUAUCACCUCUGAUGUUUUUCAACUGGAUUCUAAUCCUCUUAUUGUUGCCCAAAUUCCUGAUUCUAAUCAUCCUGCAACUCCCCCUCAACCCCCUCUCCCUCCUCAGUCUCCCAUUCUUCAUCCUGAACCCCCCAUUGCCCCUCCUCUUAUCCCCACUAGAUCCUCAACCAGAACAAUCAAACCUCCAAGUUACUUGUCUGAUUACUUAUGCAAUUCAGUUGUCCUCACUGACCUCUCUUCAUGUUUCUCUACUGCUGUCACACCCCAAGUUUUUCCUGUUUCUGCUCUUUCUAUUUGCAAUCAACAGGUAUUGAAUUCUAUUUCACAAAUCAGUGAACCUAUUAGUUUUCUCAAGUCGCUCAACACCCGGUUGGCAACAAAGCCAUGA